AUGGCGAUCAAUUCAAGAAUAUUGCUACUUGGCAUAGUUUUUCUUUUCUGUAAGGUAUCUUUAUCUCAUGGGAGGACAAAUCCCAGCUUUCGAGUAAAAGCUGUUAAUCUGGGAGGUUGGCUGGUUACGGAAGGAUGGAUUAAACCUUCUCUCUUUGAUGGCAUCCCCAACAAGGACUUCUUGGAUGGAACUGGACUACAGUUCAAAUCGGUUACAACUGGGAAAUAUCUUUGCGCUGAAACCGGAGGAGGAACCAUCAUAGUUGCAAACAGAAGUGCCGCUUCAGGAUGGGAGACAUUCAGCUUAUGGAGGAUCAAUGAGAAAACUUUCAAUUUCAGGGUCUUUAACAAGCAGUUCGUGGGGCUAGACACCAGGGGAAAUGGGAUAGAUGUGGUAGCCAUUGCUAGCACGCCUGGAAAAUCAGAGACAUUUGAGAUUGUUAGAAAACCGGGUGAUUCCAGCCAUGUGAGAAUCAAAGCGCCCAAUGGAUUCUACCUGCAGGCAAAGACAGAGACACUGGUGACUGCAGAUUUUGCAGGGAAUAAUAGCAAAUGGGGAGAGAACGAUCCCUCAGUCUUUGUGAUAACAAACACAGGAGGGUUGCACGGCGAGUUUCAAAUAACCAAUGGCUAUGGACCAGAGAGAGCCCCACAAGUCAUGAGGGAGCAUUGGAGCACAUACAUAGUGGAAGAUGACUUCAAGUUCAUAUCACAAAAUGGACUAAACGCAGUUAGAAUUCCAGUUGGUUGGUGGAUUGCAAGCGAUCACCCUCCACAUCCCUAUGUCGGGGGUUCCUUGAAAGCUCUAGACAAUGCCUUCUCCUGGGCUCAGAAAUAUGGACUGAACAUUAUAAUUGAUCUGCAUGCAGCACCUGGCUCCCAAAAUGGUUGGGAACAUAGCUCUUCCAGAGAUGGCUCUCAGGAAUGGGGAAAAACAGAUGAGAAUAUUCAACAGACAGUUGCUGUCAUAGACUUCCUAACUGCAAGGUAUGCAAAGAGCCCAAGCCUAUAUGCAGUUGAACUGAUCAAUGAGCCUCUGGCACCAGGAGCAUCCCUAGAGAUGGUAAACAAGUACUACAAGGCCGGUUAUGAUGCUGUCCGCAAGCACUCCUCCACGGCUUAUGUGGUCAUGUCUAACCGGCUAGGGCAAAAUGACGCGAGGGAGCUGUUCCCUCUAGCUAGUGGCUUAAUGGGCUCGGUCAUUGAUGUGCACUAUUACAACCUCUUCUCCACCAUAUUUGACAACUUGACUGUCCAGCAGAACAUUGAUUUCGUCUACAACAACAGGACCCAGGAGCUCACUUAUGUCACAACCUCAAAUGGACCACUUACUUUCGUUGGUGAAUGGGUAGCUGAGUGGAGAGUUGAGGGAGCAUCAAAAGAGGAUUACCAAAGAUACGCGAAGGCCCAGCUUGAUGUCUUUGGAAGAGCAACAUUUGGGUGGGCUUACUGGACUCUUAAAAACGUGAACAACCAUUGGAGUUUGGAGUGGAUGAUCAAGAAUGGUUAUAUCAAGCUUUAGUUUUUACAGCACUAUGUGGUCCAAUCUGCCUAUCAUAUUUGAUAUUUUGUCUGCAGCAUAAUUAGGUAGAUUGGCAGCUCAUGGUCCAAGUAAAAUGUUUACUAAUAUUUCCAAAAAGAAUAAAAAGGACUAGGACUUUGAAGCUCCUAA